AUGCCAGUGGUGGACCAUUUGUUCACCACAAUGUCCAAGCUGGCGCCAGCUCUGUGCAUCGGCCGAAACUAUGGCGACAAGGUUCAGAAUGCAGAUGUCAGGCAUUCCUUCAACGUCGUAGUGGUGCUCACUAAGGACUGCCUCACCUGCCCUGACCUCAUGGCUGAGCUGAAGUCUGCUCUGGAGGCUGAGGCUAGCAUCCUCAUAGUGCAUCACCUCCUUAGCUGCCCAGACUUCAAGGGAGAGCUGGACAAGUGCGAGGACAAGGUGGUGGCAUCCAGCCUCUCGCGUUCCGCGCGGUUUAUCUACAUGUCCGAGGUGAUCACCAGCGUAGUGCUGGCGCUCCUUUCCCCCGGCACGAUCAAGACCGAUGACACCAAGUCUCCUCGAACUAGACAGGCCUUGUCCUCUGGAGGUGGAAAGCAGUUCCGCCUCGAGUACAAGAACUACUUUGCGCUGGAUUUAGCCAAAGAUGGCACCGGACAGGUCUACAACACAAAGUUCACUGACAAGAAGAAAGACCUGCCGGGUGACAUCGACUCCGCCAUCAAAGCGCUGUUCGAGCUCUAUGACCCAUUGAAAAAAGGUACCAUUGGGUGGCCCCAGUUUGCGGAAGUGGACCGGAUCGUGACGGAGUGCCUGGGUGGCCAGUACGAGGAGAUGAUCUCAAGGCGAGCCUUCUCCAUGAUGAACUACCCAGGACUGACGCUAGAAUCCGAGAUCUCGUACACCACUUUCCACAACUAUCACGCCUUUGUUGCGAAGCAGAUGGGCGCUUUGGAAGGUGAUCGAGAUGCCAGCAUGCACUACAAGUACAUUGUCGACAAGGUGAAGAGCUCCAAGAAGGGCAAGCGCUUCCUCAAACUCUUCGACUUGUACGUGGUCCAUGAUGAGAGCAAGGAGUCGAUCGCCUUUGCCAAGCAGCUCAAAGUUUCUAUGAAGGACUACACGCCCAAUGUCCGAACAGCAGUUUGCAACGAGAAGGUGCCGGGCAAGGAAGACAUGCAGCGAACGCAGAUCGCGGCCCAGAGUCUCAAUGUCUUGGUCCUUCUUCAGGAGGGCUGCUUCGUGAAGGAAGAAGUGAAGAAGGACAUCCUGGCUGGAGCCAACGAGGGAGCCCAAAUCCUGGUCCUGGUGAACAUGGAGAACAGCCCGAUCCUGGAGAAGGAGCGGGCCACAGCUUCCCCAGAGGUGCAGACGGCGCUUUCCAGGCCGCCGGUGGUGGAGUACUGGAAGGGCAGCGAUCAGGCAUGCUGCUGCAAGCUCCUGGACCUUAUGUCCUUCCCUGUGGAUACCAAUGCCAAGCGACCACUUGCCAACAAGAAGGCCACCUUCCGCCAGCGAGAGAAUCCAGUGGUGCUUUACCUGUACCAGGGCUGUGAUGAGGACACCGCCUGCGGACAAGCUUUCACCGGGCUGGCGAACUUGGUCUGCCCCAUUAGCAAGAGCGGCGACCUGACCAGGGCAGAAUUCCUACGCGACGGCGGCUGCGAUGUAUUGCAGGAGCGUUUCUCCUCGUUCCUCUCAGUCGCCGCUGUGGCGGAGCCCGCCGCGCGCUGCGUGGCCAACCUCGCCAUGUAUCCCCCCUGCGCGCGAAGGAUGGCUGAGUGUGGCACUGUGAAGACUCUAAUCGAAGCGAUGCAAGCACAUGGCGACUCCCCCCUUCUGCAGGGCGACGCAUGCUGCGCCAUCGUGAACAUCUCACAAGAUGAAGUGGGCAAAAAGAAGAUCAACGAGCUUGGUGGCUUUCAGCAAAUGCUGCAGUCACAGAAGCGCUUUGAAUUCAACCCGGAGUUCUGGAAAGUGCGCUGGGGGAUGAAGGAGCUGAAGGAAGGCGACACCGUGAUGGUCAACUAUCACGGCAAGAGCAGAUGGGUGACCGGCACCAUUACCAGAGUAAACAAGGGGAAUGGUGCCUACGAUGUAGCCUACAUGCAUGGCGGGAAUGACCGAAAGGUGCCAAACAACCUGGUCAGACCCAAGGACAAGUCUGAUAUGAUUGAAGAGUUCGUGGGUGUGUGGCAGUGGAAGCCCCACGGCAAGCUCACAGAGGAUGAGCUCACGCUCAAGGCCGACGGGAUCCUGACCUUGAAGCGGGAGGGCCUGGCGGCAGCUGGGACUUGGAAGGUGGCCGAGCCCAAGCAUGGAGGCCGGAACGUGGUGAAGCUGGAGUUCUCCGGGUCCACCAGCUCCAUCGAGAUGGAGCGGAUCUCCCUGACCACGCUGCGCGCAACCAGCGGCCAGCAGCGCGCCGUGCUCAAGGAUUCCUUGGAUGACUGCCUCUACGUGGAGUACUUCCAAUUCCCGGAGGGCCUGGAGGGCUUCAAGAAGCCCCCGCCGCUGCUGGGCCGUAAGCCGGACAUCGCGCGCUCGGAGCAGCAGAUUGACUGGGUGAAGUCUGCCUCGACAUGGACCGGCUUGCCCAGCAGUUUCGGCAGCCACUACGCCGCCAGGUGGAAAGGCAUCAUUGAGAUCACAAAGAUGGGGGACUACAAGAUGAAGCUGGAAGCGUCCACCGCUGCGCUUUUGAGGCUGAAUGACAAGAUUGUCAUCGAUGGCUCCGGCGAGUGGGAGGGGAAGCUUUUGGGAGGACCCAAUCGCAUCAUGGUGGACUACUUUGCGAAUGAUGCAUCCAAGGAGAUCAACUUGUCGUAUUCGGGCCCGGACACCGGGGACGAGAUCAGCACCAUCCCCGUGGCCGUGCUGCAGCACGACAUGGACUCCUGCCAGGUGGUCCCAAAGCCUGGCUUCAUUGCGGAGUACUUCCCAGCGGACUAUGAGGAUGGCAUCAUCCCCGAGGGCAUCGACCCUGACAUUGUCCGCACAGAGAAACAGCUUGACUUCGAAGAGAUCGAAACUCCAUGGCAAGGGCUACCAGCUCGGUAUGGCGGCCCUUUCGCGGCGAGAUUCACCACGUAUAUCAAUGUGACCUGCGGUGAUGCCAAGAAGGCCAAGUAUCAGUUCUUCAUUGAAUCUGGCAAGAAGGCCAUUCUCUACAUCAACGACAAGCAGAUGUCCCUCGAGGACAAGACGGUGGACAUUGAGCUGAAGAAAGGUCAGCAUCUCAUUCGCGUGGAGUACUUCUGCCAUGGCGAGGACAAACAUGGCCUGAAGCUCUUCUACAAGGGUCCCGAGACCAUGCCCAAGCUCGAAGACUCCGAAGAGGUGGACGAGGCCACGGGCAAGAUCCUGGUCCCCCCCACUGCGACCUGCUACUACGCCUUGCCUUCAUGCGCGCAGCCGAAGGGCGAACCGCUCAUGAAGCACGACAAGGCUGUGCACACAGUGCUGUGGGCGCAAGAUGACAACCGCAUCGCAUCCGUGGGUGGCGCGGGCAAGAUCCACUUCUGGGAUCCGCCGACAGGACAAUACCUUGAUAGCGCGGACGUGGGCGGGCGGAUUACAACUGCAGCAGGAUCAAAGGAUAAGAUUGCCUUGGCGAUGGAUGAUGAAGACAGGGCCAUCAAGAUCAUCGACUUCGGCUCCAAGAAGGAGAUCCGGGUCCUGAAGCACGUGCCGCAAGACAACGGGGAAGAGGAGCCGCCGGAGCCCGAGUACGACGAGAACGGGGAGGAGAUCCCGGUGCCGGAGCCUCCCAAGAAGCUGGGGCCCCACGAAGGCCCGGUGAAGAUCAUCUCCUUCAGCCGGGACGGCAAGAUGGUGGCGACCGGCAGCGAGGAUGGCUUGAUCAAGUUGUGGGACGUCAACACCGGGGAAGAGUUGAUGACGAAAGCCAUCACACAGACAACGAAGGAGCAUGGGGAGGUGCGCGUCCCCAUCCAUUGCGCGGGCUUCUGUGGCGACGGCUCGAGGCUCUUGAUCGGCAGCAAUGAGAAGCACAUCCGCGUCUACAACACAGUGACGAAGGACGACCUGCGCUACCCUGACAAGCUGCUCCCAAAGCCGGAUCCUCCUGAGGAGGGAUGGACCGAAGACAACCCGGAGCCCGCGGACGAGUACCAGCAGGGCGAGCCGGUGCUCCUAGCGGCUCACAAGGCAGCAGUGGUUUGCCUCUCCUUCUCUCCAUUGGAUGGCAACCGUUUGGCCACCUGCAGCACCGAUGCCACCAUCCGCAUCUGGGAUUUGGUCAACAGCGAUUUCGACGCAGAGCUGAAGCAGGUCAUCGAUCCCAUCCAGUGCCUCUCCGGCUUUGUGGCCUGGUCGCCGGACGCCACCUCGCUGGUGUCCUCCUCGGAAGACAUCUACGUGGGCCUGUUCUCCGCAGUGAGCGGCCAGCGCCGAGCGGAGCCAUUGCAGGGUCACUUGGCCAGCGUGCGCUUCGCAGCCUGGGCUCCCUGCUCGCAAGCUUUUGUGACCUGCUCUGAUGACCAUACAGUUCGCCUGUGGCAUUUCCUGGUCAACAGGAACAUCACAGAGAUCGCUGUGCUGGAGGGCGAGCAGAUGGAAUUCAACGAUGACACACGCAAGUGGAAUGAGAGCCUGCAGAGAAUCCGCAAUGACUUCAAGGAGUACAAGAAGGGCCUGUCGCACUAUGAGACGGAGGUCUACAAGCUCAAGGGGGACUUGGACGAGGCGGUGAAGCGCACCCAGUCCUACACGGACCGCGAGCAGCUCUUGGGACUCGAAGUCACCGACUACUACGAGUUGGAUGGCAUGAUCGACGAUUUCAACCCGUACUACCUGCUCUGGAGCACAGUGAUCGAGUUCCAGCGAUGUGAAAGGAAAUGGACCAUUGAGCCAAUCUCCACACACAAUUCCACGGAGAUUGAGAAUCGAAUUGACAGCUGGUACAAGCAAGUCUACAAGAUGAUAAAGGACUUCGACAACGAGAACAUGAGGUCAGCUCAGAGGAUCGCCAAAGAGCUUCGCCAAGGGAUCGAGGAGUUCAAAGGUCGCUUCCCCUUCCUCCGAUGCUUCGCGAAUGAAUCAGUGCUCGACCGUCACUGGAAGGAGAUGUUUGAGCGAAUGGGAACCUCAGCGCCCAAGCCCUCGCUCUAUGGCAACGACUACAGCAAAGUGACGCUGCAAAUGAUGCUGGACCAUGGGAUCAAUGAGUACACCAACGACUUCGAGGAGCUGUCCACAGCCGCUGCCAAGCAGCAUGGAUUGAAGAAGGCCAUGGGCAACAUGAAGGUGGAGUGGGAGCCUCUCCAGUUCCUCACCGCGGAGCGGAGCGGCGUGCCGCUGCUGCGCGGCAUCGACGACAUCCAGACGGUGCUGGACGACCACAUCUCCAAGACCCAGGCCAUCCGAAGCAGUCCCUUCUGCAAGCCCUUCGAGGAGGAAGUGCAUGCCUGGGAGGCCACGCUGAUGUACAUCCAGGACUUCAUUGACCAGGUGAUCGCGCUGCAGAGGUCCUGGAUGGCUCUGGAGCCCAUCUUCGCCUCCGACGAUAUCAAGCGCCAGCUGCCUCAGGAGUCCGAAUCCUUCGCCCGCAUCGACAGCAACUUCCGGAUGCGCAUGGCACAGGUGGACUCCAACAAGAACUGCAUUGCCAUCUCGAAGAUCGAGAACAUUGUGGAAGACAUGACGGAGGCCAACACCACCAUCGAGAAGGUGCAGAAGGGCCUCAAGGAUUACUUGGAGACCAAGAGGCUUUACUUCCCACGCUUCUUCUUCCUGAACGAUGCAGACCUUCUGUCUAUCCUGGCCGAGACCAAGGAUCCCACGCUGGUGCAGCCCCACUUGAACAAGGCCUUCGAGGGAAUCGCCAAGGUUCGCUUCGACUCCAAGAACGAGAUCAUCGAGGCCAUGACCUCGGGCGAGGGCGAGACGGUGGACUUCACCGCGAAGGUGGACGUCACGAAGCCCGGGAACGCCGGGGCCGUGGAGUGCUGGCUGGUGGAGGUGGAGGAAGCCAUGAUGGACAUCCUGCGGGAGGUCAUUGACAAGUCGAACAAGGCCUACCCCAACGCGGAUCGUGUCAAGUGGUGCUGCGAGUGGCCAGGCCAGGUGGUACUGGCCACGGACAUGAUCUUCUGGACCCAGGAGGUGACGUCAGCCCUGAAGAGUGGGCAAAUUGCGGAGUACGAGAAGAAGCUGUUCAAGCAGCUGGAAGACAUUGUGGUGCUGGUGCGAGGCCAGAUGACCAAGCUGAAUCGAGUCACGGUGGGUGCCAUGGUGACCUUGGACGUCCAUGCAAGGGACGAGGUCACCAAUCUCGUCCAGAAGCGCGUGGACUCCCCCGACGACUUCGCCUGGCUGUCCCAGCUGCGAUACUACUGGCAGGAUGUGGGCACCUUUGUCCUUCCGAACUCCACCAAAGAGAACACCAAGAUGGAGUGCAAAGUGUCGAUUGUGAACUCCACGCUGCUCUAUGGCUUCGAGUACCUGGGGAACUCCCCGCGCCUGGUGAUCACGCCGCUCACGGACAGAUGCUACCGAACUCUCAUGGGCGCGUUCGCGCUCUACUACGGAGGAGCACCGGAAGGACCGGCGGGCACGGGGAAGACCGAGAGUACCAAGGAUUUGGCCAAGGCCUUGGCGAUUCAGUGCGUUGUCUUCAACUGCAGUGAUUCCAUGGACUACUUGCAGCUGGCCAAGUUUUUCAAAGGCCUCGCCUCCAGUGGCUCCUGGUGCUGCUUCGAUGAGUUCAACCGAAUCUCAUUGGAGGUGCUGUCGGUGGUGGCACAGCAGAUUCAGCAGAUCUCCAUUGCCAUCAAGCGCCGCGUGGACAAGUUUAUCUUCGAGGAGACAGAGAUCAAGCUGGUUCCCACUUGCGCAGUGAACAUCACCAUGAACCCCGGCUACGCCGGGCGAUCAGAGCUGCCGGACAACCUCAAGGCAUUGUUCCGCCCCUGCGCCAUGAUGGUGCCCAACUACGCCCUGAUUGCGGAGAUCCGUUUGUACUCCUUUGGGUACUCGGACGCCAAGGUCAUCGGCACCAAGGCCACCAUGGCCCUGAAGCUGAGCUCAGAGCAGCUGAGCCCGCAGCGCCACUACGACUUCGGCAUGCGGGGCUUGAACGCCCUGCUGGUGGCCGGCGGUAACGGCAAGCGAACAUACGGGGACAAGUACCCAGAGGACGUCAUCGCUUUGCGGUCUUUCACAGAUGUGAACCUCCCCAAGUUCACCACGGCGGAUUUGCCGCUCUUCAAGGGCAUCAUCGGGGAUUUGUUCCCCGGGGUGGAGCUGCCCCCGAGCGACGCGGGGAAGCUGAUGGCCACCAUCGAUAAGAUCGCGGAGAAGCGGGGCCUGCAACCCACCAAGCCCUUCACCACCAAGGUCAUUCAGCUCUGGGAGACCGUGCUGGUGCGCCACGGGCUCAUGACGGUGGGCAUCCCCCCCUGCGGCAAGACCAACGUGAAGAACGUGCUGGCCGAAACCCUGGGCGAGCUGGCCGACGGGGAGGAGAUGAUGCCGGUGACUCAGUACGUGAUGAACCCAAAGUCCAUCACCCAGGGCCAGCUCUACGGCGAGAGUGACUUGAACACCCAGGAGUGGACGGAUGGCGUGCUGGCCAUCGCAGUGCGAGAGGCGAUGAAGGCCUUCGGGGAUGGCAAGCGCCAGUGGGUGGUCUUGGACGGCCCAGUGGAUGCCAUUUGGAUCGAGAACAUGAACACCGUGCUGGACGACAACAAGAAGCUCUGCUUGAACAGUGGCGAGAUUAUCAAGCUCUCCACCGUCACCACCAUGUUGUUCGAGGUCCGCGACCUGGACUACGCGUCCCCGGCCACGGUGAGCCGCGUGGGCAUCGUCUUCCUGGAGCCGGACACGGACCUGGGCUGGCGGCCCAUUGUGGAUUCCUGGUUGGCGACGGUGCCCGAUUACCUCAAGGAGGAGCACCAUGAGCAGCUGGCGGGGCUCUUCAACAAUUACUUCGAGGUGAUGCUGGAGUGCACCCACAAGGUGAAGACGCCCUUCCCGGUCUCCGACGGCUGGCUGUGCUGCAUGGCCACCCGCAUGAUGGACGCCCUGAUGAGCGACCAGACCGAGAUGUUCUGCAAGCCGGAGGUGAAGGUGCCGGAAGGCGAAGAGCGCGAUGAGGACGCGGACAUGGGCCAGUGCUUCAUGGAUCGUGAGAUCAUGAUCAACCAGCUCUUCUGGUUCACCAUGACCUGGACCUGCGCCGCCUGCACGGACUCCGAGGGCCGCUUGUUCGUGUGCGACAUCAUCCGCGCCUGCAUGGACAACAAGAAGGACCUGCUGCAGAAGUUCAACUUUGUGGCGGACUUCACCAAGUUGGACAUCACCGGGGGCGGCUCCAUGCCAGCGGCGCCCCGCAAGGGCCUGCUGCACGACUCCUUCAUCGACCCCGUGGAGGGCGGGAAGUGGAAGCCCUGGACGGAGCGCAUCGAGGGCUUCGACAUCCCCAAGGACACUCCGUACCACACCAUCGUGGUGCCUACCUCGGACACCUGCCGCAACCAGUUCUUGAUCCGCACCUUGAUCGAGAAGGGCUACAACAUCCUGAUCUCCGGACCCACAGGUACUGCCAAGACGGCCUCCAUCCAGGGCAUGUUGCUCCAGGGCUUCAGCGCGGACGGCUACGCCACCAACGCCUUCGCCUUUUCCGCGCAGACCACGGCCAACCAGACCCAGGAUGUGAUUGACGGCAAGCUGGACAAGCGCAAGAAGGGCACUUUCGGGCCGCCGCCCGGGAAGAAGAUGCUGGUCUUCAUCGACGACUUGAACAUGCCCUUCAAAGAGGAGUAUGGCGCCCAGCCGCCGAUCGAGAUCCUGCGCCAGAUGUUCAUUUUGACGCCCAUGGGAUAUGGCUGGUAUGACCGGAAGGGCUGGGAGUUCCGACAGCUGAUCGACAUCCACAUGCUGGCGGCCAUGUGCCCCCCCGGCGGGGGGAAGAACGAUGUCACGGACCGCUACUCCCGGUGGUUCAACCUCCUCUUCGUGACACCCUUCGAUGAGGAGAGCUUGAGCCGCAUCUUCGUGACGGUGGUGAACAAGUUCAUGAGCGUCAUGGCCCGAGACGUGCUGGGUGCGGCAGCGGGCGCCGUCACCGCCACGCUGGAAGUCUAUGGCACGGUGCUGAAGGAGCUCUUGCCCACCCCGGCCAAGUCCCACUACACCUUCAACAUGCGAGAUGUGUCCAAGGUCUUCCAGGGCAUUUGCCAAUGCAGCCGGGAGUCUCUGCCCAAGGUGGAUGACCUCGCAAAGUGCUGGCUCCAUGAGUGCGAGCGCGUGUUCAAGGACCGCUUGACCACCAAGCAGGACAUGAACUGGUUCACCAACCUCUGCAAGCGAAACAUGGACAAGCACUUGAAGCGGCCCUACGACCAGGCGGUCAAGCUGGAGCCGGUGAUCUUCGCGGACUUCUGUGACCCCAAGUCGAGCGCAUAUGUCGAGAUGCAGGACCACGAGAAGUUGGCGGGCAAGGUGCAGGAGUGUUUGGACGACUACAACUCAGUGUCCAAGAUUCGCAUGGAUUUGGUGCUCUUCAUGAGCUUCAUCCAGCACGUCUGCCGCGUGAUCCGGGUGCUGCGCCUGCCUCUGGGCAACGCCUUGCUGGUGGGCGUGGGCGGCAGCGGACGGAAGGCCACGACCACCUUGGCUACCUACGUGGCGACGUACGACCUCUUCCAGAUCGAGAUGUCCAAGGGCUACGGCAUGAACGAGUGGCACGAGGACAUGCGGCGCAUGCUCAUGAAGAGCGGCUGCGCGGACUCCAACACGGUCUUCCUCUUCUCGGACACGCAGAUCGCCAAGGAGGCCUUCCUGGAGGAGGUGUCCUCCAUCUUGAACACGGGGGAGGUGCCGAACCUCUACGCCAACGAGGACCGGCUCGAGAUCACGGAGAAGUGCUCGAAGGGCGCCAACACCGCGGGGAAGAACACCCCGGCGGAGAUCUUCGGGUGGUACGUGGAGCAGUGCCGCAAGAACUUGCAUAUCGUGAUUUGCAUGUCGCCCAUCGGCUCAGCCUUCCGGAACCGGCUGCGCAGCUUCCCCAGCCUGGUGAACUGCUGCACCAUCGACUGGUUCCACGAGUGGCCCGCGGAUGCCCUGUCCGCCGUGGCGAACCAAUUCUUGUCCAAGGACAAGGAUCUGGACUUCGACGAUACCAUCCGCACGAAUGUGACCAAGAUCAUGGUGCAGGCCCAGCAGUCCGUCUUCGCCUUGUCCGAGAAGUUCUUGCUGGAGGCGAAGCGGCACUUCUACGUCACGCCCACCUCGUACCUGGAGCUCAUCAACUCGUUCAUCUCCACCCUGAAGCAGCGGCGGCAGAUGGUGCAGAAGGCCAAGUGGCGCUACGACACGGGCCUGGACAAGAUCAACGACGCCAAGGAGCAGGUCUCAGCUCUGCAGAUCGAGCUGAAUGACCUGGAGCCGGUGCUGGAGAAGGCUGCCCAGGAGACAGGUGAGAUGCGCGAGCGCGUGGAGGCUCAGCAGGCGGGGGCCGUGGAGAAAAAGGCGGUGGUGGAAGAGGAGGAGGCAAAGGCCAACGUGCAGAAGUCCAACGCCGCCGCCAUCAAGGCGGACUGCGAGAAGGACCUGGCGGCGGCGCUGCCGGCCUACGAGUCCGCCCUGGAGGCCUUGAGCAAGCUGUCCAAGGGCGACGUGGGCGAAGUCAGGGGUAUGAAGACGCCGCCGGCCGGAGUGGUGCUCACCGCACAGGCGAUGUGCAUCAUGUUCGAGGUGAAGCCGGUGAAAGUGGCAUCGCCAGAUGGCAAGGGCAAGGUGGACGACUACUGGGAGGCGGCCAAGAAGGAGCUUUUGGUGGACCCCGCGCUCAUCAACAGGAUGGUGAACUACGACAAGGACAACAUCCCGGAUGCUGUGAUCCACAAGGUGAAACCGCUCUACGAUGACCCCGAGUUCGAGCCAGACAAGAUCAAGAAGGGAUCUCUGGCCGCCAUGGGUAUUUGCAAGUGGGUCCGAGCCAUGGUCGUUUACGACAAGGUGGCCAAGGAGGUGGGCCCGAAGCGCCAGAAGUUGGCCCAGGCGGAGGCGGAGGUGGCGGAGGCCGAGGCCACGGUGGCGGCCAAGCAGGCGGAGCUCAAGGAGGUCAUGGACAUGGUGGCGGACCUCGAGGCCCAGCUCCACGAGGCCAACGAGAAGGCCAAGGAGCUGCAGAGGAACCAGAAGGACUGCGCCGCGAAGCUGGCGCGGGCGGAGAAGCUGAUCGACGGCCUGGGGGGCGAGCAGGCGAGCUGGAGCGCCAAGAGCAAGAAGCUGGGCAUCGACUACAACAACCUCACAGGCGACAUUCUGAUUGCUUCUGGAAUCAUUGCCUACCUGGGAGUCUUCACCAGCCAGUACCGAAAGGAAGCCUGCGACGGGUGGCUGCAGAAGCUGGCGGACCUGAAGAUCCCCGCCUCCAAGGAGUUCAGCCUCUCGAAGAGUAUCGGCGACGAGGUGAAGAUCCGGCAGUGGGUCAUCGACUGCUUGCCCAACGACGCGCUGUCCAUCGACAACGCCAUCAUCUUGGACAACUCUCGGCGAUGGCCGCUCAUGGUGGACCCCCAGAUGCAGGCCAACAAGUGGACCAAGAAGAGCAAUCCGGACAUCAAGGCCUUGAGGUUGAACAUGCCCUACAUCCGGGACUUGGAGAACUGCAUCCAGUUCGGCACCCCCGUUCUGCUGGAGAACGUGGAGGAGAGCCUGGAUGCCAUCCUGGACCCAGUUCUGCAAAAGGCGACCUUCAAGCAAGGCACCCUGACCAUGGUGCGCCUGGGCGACUCCACCAUCGAGUGGUCCAAAGACUUCAGGCUCUACAUCACGACCAAACUGCCGAACCCGCACUUCCCCCCGGAGAUUUGCGUGGCUGUGAGCAUCCUCAACUUCAUGGCCACACAGGACGGGCUGCAAGACCAGAUGCUGGGCAUCGUGGUGGCAGCGGAGGAACCGGCCACCGAGGAGAAGCGCGUGAACCUGGUGAUCGAGUCCGCGAAGGCCAAGGCGCAGCUCAAGGACUUGGAGGACAAGAUCCUGCAGCUGCUCAGCUCCUCCACAGGCAACAUCUUGGAUGACGAGGAGCUGAUCGAGACACUGUCCAGCUCCAAGAUCAUGGGCACCAAGAUCGAGGAGCAGGUGAAGCAGCAGGAGAUCACUGCCGUGCAGAUCGCGGAGGUGCGACAGGUCUACAAGUACCAUGCCUUGCGCUGCGCAGCCCUGUACUUCAUUAUCGGCGACCUCUGCAUUGUGGACCCCAUGUAUCAGUUCUCUCUGGACUGGUUCAUCAAGAUGUUCAACCAAUCCAUCAGGAUGGCCGAGCCAAAGGACAGCAAGGACGAGCGAUUUGUGGAGCUCUUCAACUCCUUCAUCCAGCUGCUGUUUGUCAUGGUCUGCCGCGGGCUCUUUGAGAAAGACAAGCUGUUGUACUCGGUGAUGCUGACGCUGAAGUGCCAAGAGAUCGAGAAGGAGCUGAAGCUGAACGAAGUCAUGGCCCUGCUGACAGGUCUGCCUGGCCCUGCCAAGGAGGAGAAGCCGCCAGACUCAGGAUGGCUCACCGUGGUCAGCUGGAACCGAAUCAAUCAGCUGAUGCUGCUGGGUGAUGUCUUCGAUGGCUUCGUGGGUGAGUUCUCGGCGAACAUCAAGCAGUGGCAGGACGUCUUUGACAGCGACACGCCUGCUGAUGUGGAGUGGCCCAACAACUUCAAGUUGAAGUGCGCUCCGUUGCAGCGGGCAUUGCUGCUCUUCGCGCUUCGCCCGGACAGCACGGUGGGCGCCCUGCUGCAGGUGGUGCAGGAGAAGCUGGGCACCUUCUUCCUGGAGCCUCCGCCUUUGGACUUGGAGGUGUGCUACAAGGACUCUUCUCCAACAAUCCCGCUCAUCUACAUCUUGGCCUCGGGCAGUGACCCCAUGGCCGACAUCCAGAAGCUUGCGGAGAUGCUCGACAUGCUGGCGAAGAUCAACCCCAUCAGUCUGGGCCAGGGUCAAGGUCCCAAGGCCAUCGCCGGCAUCAACGAAGGAUCCCAGUCGGGCAAGUGGGUCCUGCUGCAGAAUUGCCACUUGGCGCCCAGCUUCAUGCCGACCCUGGAGUCCAUUGUGGAGAAGAUGGAUCCUGAGAGCAUGAAUCAGGACUUCCGCCUUUGGCUGACGGCUUGUCCGUCUCCAGCAUUCCCCAUCUCCAUCUUGCAGAUGGGUAUCAAGAUGACCAUCGAGCCGCCCAAGGGGCUGAAACAGGCCCUGCUUCGAGCAUACUUGGGCUUUGACGAGGAAUGGUUCAACAGCUGCGACAAGCCCCGGGAGUUCAAGAAGAUGCUCUUCGGACUCUGCUUCUUCCAUGGCUUGAUCCUGGAGCGGCGCGGCUUCGGCCCGGUGGGCUGGAACGUGGCCUACGGCUUCUCGGAGCCGGACCGGGAGAUCUCGCGGCAGCAGCUCCGGAACUUCCUCAACGAGUUCGAGGGGGUACCCUACGCUGCUCUGAAUUACAUGGGCUCAGAGGCCAACUAUGGCGGCCGCGUGACAGACAACCAGGACAGGCGCCUCAUCAUCACGAUCUUGCAGGACUUCUACAACGCGAGGAUCCUGGACGAUGACUACAAGUUCUCCAUCUCUGGCAUCUACUUCGCGCCGAAAGCACCAGAGUCUUUGAACUUCUACUUGGAUCAGAUCAGGGCGCUUCCGAUCAGUACGACUCCGGAAGUCUUCUGGCUGCACAACAACGCGAGCUUGACAGCGGCCAUCAAUGAAGGCAUGUACAUCACCAGGAGCUGCCUGUCGCUCAUGAGCUCCUUCGGUGCAAGCUCCUCAGCGGAUGAUGAUGAAGAAGGGGCGAAAGUCAAGACGGCAGAGGAGCGGUACUCGGAAAUCGCCGGCGAGGUGGCCGCGAAAGUGCCGGAGCCCUUCGACCUGGGCUUUGCGCUACGCACGUACCCGGUGCGCUACGACGAGUGCCUGAACACGGUGCUGCACAUGGAGCUGGGGAAGUUCAACAGGCUGCUGGUUCGUGUGAAGGGCACUUGCAACAACCUCAUCAAGGCAGUGAAGGGCCUGGUGGUCUUCUCCCCCGAGCUGGAGGCGGUGGCCGACGGCUGUCUGACGAACAAGAUCCCGGAGCCUUGGAUGGGCGUGUCCUACCCAUCCCUGAAACCGCUGCAGUCCUACGUCGAUGACUUCCUUCAGAGGUUGAAGUUCAUGAGCAAUUGGAUCAAGGACGGCAUUCCCUACAUGUUCUGGUUCUCUGCCUACUUCUUCCAGCAGGCGUUCCUGACCGGCGUCCUGCAGAACUUCGCCCGAACAGACAAGAUUGCCAUCGACCGCUGCAUCUGGAACUUUGAGGUGCUGAAGCUGGCCUUCAAUCCGGAGGAGUACCCCAAGAAGGGCGCCUACAUCAAUGGCUUGUUCAUGAGCGGAGCCCGCUGGGACGACGACAACAUGUUCAUCGAAGACUCCUUCCCCAAGGUGCUUUGGGCUGAGAUGUCUCCGAUUUGGCUCAAGCCGGUUGAGAAGUCAGAGGACGGGCACGACUACGACAAGCUGUAUAAUGCUCCGAUCUACAAGACUUCUGAGCGCAAAGGUGUGCUAUCCACAAGACGCGAGCUCAGAACGCUUGACGAUGAUCUCUACAUAGCUUGGCAGCGAGGGCUUGCUUGGCAGUUUCUUGUCGCUGCCAGCGCGCUGAAGUUUGUGCCUGGCAAGCGCUGGAAUGAGCCGGAUAAUGCAUGCCGGUUGCUUUGGCAAGCUUUGCCGCUGCAUUGUCGCGUCCUUGAUGACCUCCCGCAGAAUCAGACGCUCGAGAGCUCUGAGUUCACGCCGCUGCAGCUGGACAUCAUUGGCGACGAGGUGCAAAUGAUGUAUGCCGACGAAAUCUGGGUUGCAGCCACCUUCCUGAAGGCCUUGCAGCGCUUCACUGACCCCGCGCUGGGCAGCACCUGGGCGAAGAGCGCCCGCACGGCCGGCUGGAGGCUUUGCGAGGAUCCCAAGGUGCUGCAGGACACGGGAGAAGGCACCGUGGUGCUACUUCUCAAAGAUACUGCUGAAGAGUCGGUCGAGGAUGUGCUGCAGGGCUUGCGCGACCGAGAGAACCUCUCGCGCUUGAUCAUCUUGCCGGAGGAUUCGCUCGACGAUGACAGCCAACGUAGACUCAACGCACGUCCAGUGCGGCUCAAUGCGGGACACCCAGCUUGCUGCCUCCGUGAUGCUCUUGCCGUGCCGGCCGGGAUGCGGGGCGCAUCUCGCGCAGCCGCGGUGUCGCCGCAGGGGCCGUGGUCCACACCGCAGCGCGUGGUGAUCAUGUCAACUCCUCAGAAUGCCGGACAGGAAAUGCGGGAAGAACGGCGGCUGGCGAGAGAACUUCGCGAGAUCGAGGAGAGGCAUCGCCAGGAGGCGGCCACCCAAGCCACAAAGGCCGCGGCAGUCGCGGCGGCCAAUGAGGCGGCUGCGCCCAAGGCGACCCCGCAUGCGAGGCGACGGAGGAGCAAGGAGUUCGGCGGCGAUUCAUCCCCUACCCGCGCAGGAAGCUAUACUCAGCUGCGCGCAGCUGACAGCACUGCAGGCCCAUGGGAUGGUGAAGUGCGACGUCGACGGAGAAGAAGGGAGGUGGAGAGCAACGGCCUUGGUCAAGAUGCAUCCUUUCAAGCGACUGAAAGGGACAAGAGGACAUGGCGGGAUGAGAACUACAAUAGUUUCAGCACUCGAGAAGGUCGCGAUUCUCCAGUUCCAUGGCUGACAGGCCCCCAGGACCAUGGAGAUGGUCCAGAUGGGCUUAGCACAGUUUUGGAAAGUGGGGAGAAGAGGACCGAGGCUCGCAGAACACGUCGAAGACGGCGCGACCGUGCCGAAAGACGAGAGGUCCGCGAGCGAGUGGACAGCUACGAUACCAAUGACACCUGGGAAAGCGCUCGGCGUAAAAGCCAGGAGGACACAAGUCGCGCUGAGGGUGGAAAGACUUGGGCGAGGGAAGAAGAGUCCAGAAGACGAGGGCACGCUCCUGCUCGGCGAGAGCAGUUGGCAGCAGUGGAGGAGGUUCCGGUCGAAAAGCGCCAGCAGGGCUCCCGCAGCCCAAGAAACUUGAGCCCGCAGGCGGUGAUGGACGCAGACCUCCGAGAGCAGAUCGGGUCCUUGGUGAGAGUCUGUGAGCAGCUCUUGCGCGAGCGCGCCGAAGAGCGAGGGGGGCAGCGCCCCCGCGCCUCGCCGGUGACUUCGCCGCGGGAGAGGCCUUCUCAGUCCCCGCGCCGGGCUCCUGCUCCCGGAGCCUCCCCGCGGCGAAAGGAGGGCAAUGGAGCCAGCAGCCGAAGCUGCCGCAACGCCAGGAAGGCCAGGGCCCUACUUUACCUGGUGGCCAUCACGCCCUUCCUCGCUUUCGUUGACCCAUCUCGAUGGGCCCCACGACAGGUGAAGACAGCUUGCGCUGGUGCGGCCUCAAUGACGGUGGCCGUUCUGAAGGAAAAGCUGAGAGAAAAGGGUCUUCCGACCACUGGCCUCAAGUCAGCUUUGGUCCAGCGCCUCGAGGAGCAUGCCUUCCCGGAGCUCUUGGUGGGCCUUGCGCGCGCGCAUCCUGAGGCGGCCACUUCGCCGUCAGGCUACUCCAGACUCACGGUAAGCCAGCUCAAGGAGAAGCUGAGCCAGCUGGGCUUAACCAAGACCGGGCGCAAGGCUGAGUUGGUGGCUCGUCUUGAAGCUGCAAGACAGGCAUCGCCUGCCGCAGCCAGUGCAAGCUUCCGAGUGGGAGACAAGGUGAUGGCGAUGCACACAGAAGGGGAGAGGGAGGCGGUGGUGCAGUGCAACAACGGCGACGGGAGCUUUCUGAUCCUUUGGCAGGAUGGACUAGAGCAAAACCAGAAAGCUGAUGAUUGGAGGCUGAUUCAGCGCGCAGACAAAGCCUAUCGCUACUCCGCAGGCGACAAAGUAGAGGCUCUGUAUCACGAAGAAGAGACGUGGUAUCCGGCCAGGGUCAAGAGCCUGGAUGGAUCUGGCACCUACACCAUCAUGUGGGAAGAGGAUGGUUGUGAGUACGAGCUAGAGGAGAAGGACAUGAAGCCUUCCAGCCCACCGAUCCGCCUGGCAGACCUCAGGAGCGGGCAGAAGUUCCAGGGCAUUGUGGACAGGACUUUCAGUUUUGGCACCUUCGUCGAUAUCGGUGCCGAGCGCAAUGGCAUUCUCAGGCCAUGGUUCACCUACGACGGCGAGGAGCCCCACUUCAAGCAGGGGGACAAGGUCCAGGCUCUGUAUGAAGAUGACAAGCAGUACUACCCAGCCACCGUUCAGCAGGACAAUGGUGAUGGCACGUUCCUUAUCACCUGGGAUGAAGAUGACUCUGAGUCCGUGUGCAAGAAAGCUGACAUGGAGCUUCUGCGCUUGGCCGAGUUGGAGGAUGGCAGCAAGGUGGAGGCCUUUGUGGAGUCAGUGACGGAGAAGGAUGGUCGGCAGAUCCUAGCGCUUGCGCUGGUUGAGGAUAAGAUCGGGACUUUGCUAAAGCGGAACGGCCUGAAAGGCUUCGAACUCGCACCGGACCAGUGGCUGACUGGCAAAGUGGGCCAAAUCCUUCCCUUUGGCGCCUACCUGGAAGUCACAUCCCCCGAAGGUGACAAAGCCAGGGGAUUGCUACAUAUCCGCGAUGUGCGGGCUGGAUACAUUCCCAGACUCGAGGACGAACUGAGCUUGGACGAAGACGUGCAGGUCCGCGUCAAACAUGUGGAUGUGGAGGAAGGUGUGUUGCAUCUUUCCAUGAUGGCAGUGUGAGUUGUGAGCCGUACUCCGUACAUGGACGUCUUCAACGCCGAUGGCUUCAACGCCGAUGGCUUCAACGCACGCUGGCACAGCGUGCGAAGCUCGGUAACGCCCUCCCGAGAGAGCCAAGCUCUCCCGCUCGGAGACGAGGCUGCGCCGUGUAGCCUGAGAGUCAAUGGUGGAUGUCAGAUAG